AUUCGUGUCUCUCUUUUUCUCUCUCUCUUACAAACCAAUUUCAAAAACCCUAGAUUUCACAAAACUGAUUAGGUUACAAUAUUCUCUCCGGCGAUUUCCUCCGAUUUUAAAUUCGGCUCACGGUGAGUCUCCCAAACGUCGAAUUGAAUUGAUCGAAGAGGUAUAAAGGUUGUGUUACUCUGAGCUGAAAGAUGAAUACUGAAGAGGUGAGGGUACCUCGAGGAUAUCGACGGAGAAAAUCUGUGAUUGAUUUGAAUGCUGUACCUGGAGAUCAAGAAGGGACAUCUGCUUCCUCUGUUAGAGCUCUUACUGUGCCUGCGGUAGCGACUCAUUCUGUGCCUGCUGUAGCUUCUCAUUCUGUGCCUGCUGUAGCUUCACAGCCUGUUCCUACUCCGAUUGAUGUUGAUGCUAUUGAAGAUGAUGUUAUUGAAUCAUCUGCAAGUGCUUUUGCUGAAGCUAAAAGCAAAUCAAGAAAUGCACGUAGGAGAUCCUUGAUGGUUGAUGUAGAGUCAGGAGGUACAACAAGAUUGCCUGCCAACACGAGCAACAAACGCAGAAGGAUUCCUUCUAACGAACCUGUCAUCGACUGUGAGCAUGGCUCUGUCGUUGAAGUCGACAUGUUGUCGAGACUGACUAGAUCGAAGGCUCCAGCUCCCCCGCCAGAAGAGCCGAAAUUCACAUGUCCAAUCUGCAUGUGUCCCUUCACAGAGGAGAUGUCAACCAAGUGCGGUCACAUCUUCUGCAAGGGAUGUAUAAAGAUGGCAAUAUCUCGCCAGGGCAAAUGCCCUACUUGCCGGAAAAAGGUUACUGCAAAAGAACUCAUUCGAGUUUUCCUUCCAGCCACUAGAUGAGUGAUAUGGCUAUGUAACCUGCCACCACCUUGUUUAAUGGUUUGUCAGACUAUCCUCGUACUCACUUUGGAACAUUGAAGGGACUUCAGUAACUUGUUAUUUUAGUUUGAAUAUCAAGAAGGCCCUAUCAUUUGAUGGAUAUCAUUGGUAACAACUCUUUGUUUGUUAGUCGCUGUUCUAUGUAAUUUAGGUCUCUCCAAACCUCUCAGUCGAUACUAUUUUUCUCUUAAUAGAUGAAAAAGAUAUAUGGAAGAAACAAAUAUUGAAUCUUAACUAAAACUCUACAUGCAUUCUUGCUCAUGCCGUGUAUGCCAGUUCACAUUGCUGAUAAAUACAUUUAAGAAUUUGUGUAUGUCUGUAUGAGCAGAUAGUAGGAAUUAGAAGUGAGAUUUAUUAGAAUUCCAUGCAUUGGGACCAUAAUAAGCAAUGGUCGCAAAAGAUAGAUUACAGAAGCUAAUAGACAUGAGUUUCAAUCGAUGCUCUAUUGCUCUGCCUUAUUUAAUCACACCUGAAAGUCACCUUGUAGUAGUAUGCAACAUCGCCUUGUCAUGGAAACACGGUAGAUGAAGCAAAACUGGGAUCACCUCUAGUCUGAGAUGUGGGCACAAGGUUCUCGUGGUUGAAGCCAGCUUUGAGAGGGUAGUGACCAAAACCAUCCUUUAUGAAAGGGCCAGCCAUAAUGUUGUAAACCAAACCAAGUCGAGAGUUGCUGGUUAUUAACGAUGACCUCACUUCUCAGGUAUAUACCUCCCUCUUGCAGCACAUGAUAGUAGAAGUGCCAUCAGAAAUACCUGCCAGAAGGAGCUUAGCUUUGGUGUUAUUCUUCUCCAUUGUAGUUUGUAUGUACUUGUUUAAUUUGGUUUCUCCUUUUGCUUUGGUUAUGAUUCUGAGAACUGGUAGCUUGAUUUAUAGGCCAAGCUAUUGGUGAUUGUUUA